GCACCCGAGCGCUGUGACGUCACACACCCGUCCGCUUCCCUUGACCUCCUGGGGAACCUGUUUAUAAAAGAGCGUCCGCAGAGAAGCUGCCUGAUUCCACCUCAGUCCUUUGCUGUGACAGGACGUCCGGAUAUCCUCUGUCGUUGUGCUAUAAAAGAGACCUGUAGGAAGAUUAUGCGAAUCUCAGAAACCCUCUCGAAGCAGGAGACCGUCAUGCAGGACGAGACCGAGAACUCCACCAACAAUACCGUCCUCUUUCUGCCCGACGACUUCCUGCCGAAGUUCACCAUAGCCGCGAUCUUGAUCUUCGUCGGGUUCUGCUGCCUGGUCAUCUUCUUCUUUUGCCGCUACUGCCGCAGGAAGCGAGAGGCCAAGUCCGUCCUGCAGCUGUCAUCACCCCCUCUCCGCCGAAGGUUCUCCGAGCACCCUGUCUACCCGCCCACGCCGCCCAUAUACCCACACCCACUCUUGGAACUAACCGCCUCUUUCGACACCCUGCCAGAGUGCGAACUGGACUCGACCAGUGUUCAGGCGGUUUUCGCGUCCAAAUCCGCAGACCAGAAUGCCCCUGUUCGAGACGCAGAAAGGGGUCAGUUGGGCGCCUCUCCUCCUCCCGAAGGCGAGACGACGGUGUCCAUCGCUAUGCCAGAACAUAUCCAGCCGGUGGAAGACACUGACGGGCAAGAGAGCCAGCAGACGCCGAGCACAGCUGAGCCGAAAUGUGAACAGACUCGCUGCUUGUCGGCGUGUGAGCUCAACCUGAACACCGUGCAAGACAGCAAUACUUUGUCUAGAAAUUUGUAGAAAAAGGACGAGUGAACAUGUGAUAACGAUUCUUUGCCAGCGAUCGUGUGGAUUCUCGAGAUUUACAGAUUAUAUCACGGAGAAUUUCCAUACUUUGUGUCAAAGAAAAAGAAAAAUACGAUGUUAGAUCUAUGCCAGUAUUGCGCGCCAGUUCAGCACGCUUCACUUCAAGUCAUGUCAUUUUACCGAGUCACCAAGAUUUCACCCCACCUCAUGCGUUGUUUCAUCACGUCAAAUCUUUAUUGUUCCUGUUGUCUUUGUACUUCUACGUGAUAUUAGUUUAUGUUAUUAAAUAACAGUUUCAUAACUUCACAAUACAAUAGAUGUGAAUUUAUGUAAAAUAUCCUACCUCAUUAACGUAAGAGCAUCAUACCAAUAAAUGUAUUAUAUAUGA